CAUUAUGUCCAGGAAACGAGCGACUUACCGAGUUUAGUGAAGGACGACGGGGACAAAAGGGGACAGCCUCUUAGCGGAGAGUCGCGCCGAUCGUCGUGUUUACUUCUUGGCACGCAGAUCGUUUGGCUUCCAGCUCUUCCUGUUCCGAGUCAUAUGAUGAGAUCGUCGGAGGAGGCAGGAACACGCCUGUCUGUCACCGAGCGAGACAAAAGCGAAACUACGGGAGAAAGUUCCCUAUUGUCACUUGGGCGGCGGUGAUCGCUCAAGGCGGCCCCCCCCCACCCGGGCCAUGGUCUGACGACCUCCGCGGACCGGAUGGACAACACAGAGGAGCUGGAGGAGAAGCUGAGGAGGCUCCUGGUGAGGCUCGGGAGUCCCCAGGAGGACAGGCAACUGUGCACCCUGAUCCAGAUCAUCCAGGAUCUCCUCUUCCUGGCACACACCGACCAUGCGUGUGAGCUGUUUGAGGACAAAGACGUCCACGAGCCCCUCAUGGCUGUGCUGUCCGCCCACACGGGCAGCAGAGGAGUCCAGCAGGUGGGCGUGUCUCUGCUGUGUCAGCUGCUGGAAAUAUGUCCUGCUAUGCUGGAGCACCUGAACGCACCACACCAGCAGAUCCUGAGGGUUCUGUCUGAGUACCGCUCUGACUGCAGGGUGACUAUGAUUGGACUACGAGCUCUGGCACUCCUCCUGCCGUCAGACUCCAUCGCUCUUCUGAUGCUGGAGGAGGAGGAGGAACCGGACGUGUUUAGCCUGGUGGCGCACGCCAUGGAGGCGUUCCCCUCCAGCGAGGAGGUGCAGCUCCAAGGCUGCCGAGCUCUGCAGGAGCUCCUGCGGCGAGUGAGCCAGGACCACCUGGUGGAGUUUGUAGAGAACCGGGACCAUGCUGUGGUCCUCGCCGCCCUGCAGAGGUUUCCUGACAACCCGGAACUGCAGCUGCAGGCCAUGAAAGUGCUCCUGCCUCUGGCUGAACCCAGCAGCAACGUGGAGAUGUUGAUGUCCGGCGGCGCCCGCUGCUACAGCGCGCUUGUCUCCGCCAUGGACGCCUUCCCGGCGGAGGAGGAGCUUCAGGAGACAGCGUGCCGUCUGUUCAGGAGGUUCACUUCAGAGAGCUACUACAACAUCCUGGUGCUCAACGGCGCGGCGAGGGUUGCAGUGAGGGCCUGUUACGCGUUCCCCCACAAUGCCGCGCUGCAAGCCGCCGCCCUCUCCUGCCUGGCUGAACUCACGGCCACCAUGGUGCAGAGCCGGGCCGUGGCCGAGCAGGGCCUGGAACAUGGCGAAGAGGAGGAGAACAGGGGCUCGGAGCAGGUGGAGGACAUGGGUCUAGACUGGAUGGAGGCCUGCUGUACGGCGCUGGAUCUCCAUGCUGCAGAACCAGCUGUUCAGGAGGCUGCAUGCUGGGCCAUCCACAGUCUGAUGGUGCAUGGGGCUGCAAGCACUCAUCCAGGAGAGGAGCAAGAUGAGAGGACUCCAGUUCAUCGACAGAUGAUGGCGGCCAUGCUGCUCCACUCCUCCUCCCCCGGCGUGAUUGAAGCCGCCACCAGCGCCAUCGCCACGCUGGUCACGCGGAACGCUAAGAUGCGCUCCAUGCUGCUGGCCGGCGGCCUCCAUGUCAACCUGGUGGAGAUGAUGAAGAGACACUCGGCCUCCGUGGAAGUCUCCAUCAGCGCCUGCCGACUGCUCAGCCUCCUCUUCCAGGGGAGGACGGCCAGUCUGGACGAGCUCAACAUGGCCAUGAGUCAGAUCCUCAGCGUCAUGAAGAUUCACAACUUCCAGUCCGAGGUGCAGCUGGAGGCGCUGCAGGCCAGCCUGGUCUUCCUCUGUCCUGACCGGAGCUUACGGGAACACGGCGUCUCUGUGGCCGACCCGGACAUGGCCGACGUGUCCCUGAAGGUCCUGAAGAACCAGAGUGUGGUGGAAGGAGCACACACCGUCUACCUGGAGGUCCUCAACAGGUUCAUCAGGUGUCCGAACAUCCAGAUGUGCGGCUUGAAAGUUCUCACCUCCCUGGCGGACUGCUCCGGCGCUGUGGACUUGCUUUGCCAGCAGGGGGCGAUUGACACGGCGCUCCACACGCUGCAGAUGUUCCCACAGGAGCGAGAGAUCCACUUCUGGGGCCUGACCUUGCUCAGCUACCUGGUGGCCAAGAAGAAGCUGUCCAGGAUGAUCGUUCCGGUCCUGGCCUCGGUUCUGGUCACCUCGCUGGGCCAGCACGGGGAGGAUUAUGACUUACUGCUGAAGUGUUUCCAGGUGGCUUUGAGGAUGCUGGACGCCUGCUCAGGGGCGGCCAUUGAGCUUCAGAGAGAAGACUUUGACAGGCAAAUCUUCCAACACCUCCGAGAGUCCGAUAUCUCCGACCACAGCAGGAACACGCUGCGUAGGUCCGUGUGCUUGGCUCUGUCCAGGAUGUGCUCCAACCCCGAGCUGCACUACCGCAUGCUGGAGAAGGCGUGCGAGGACGGCGACACGGUGAUGGCCGAGUGUCUUAUCGAGCUCGGCGCCGACGUCAAUAAGAAGACCAAAGCUGAGUCUCUCAUCUAUCAGGUGUGUGAGAAAGGAGGACCUCUGGAGCUGGUGGAGCUGCUGCUCAGUCAGGGCGCCCACGAGCAGCACCUCCGCCGGGCUCUGGCGGUGAGCGUGAAGCGAGGUGAUGGGCCGACAGUCAUCCGGCUGCUGGGCCGCCUGGGCCUGGACCUCAACAACAACGCCCUGUGCCUCGGAGGAUUCCGCCUGGGCCGCCUGGACGCCUCCUGGCUCUGCCCCCUGCUGGCCGAGCGCGGCAGAGCGCACAGUCUGCGCCACAGCAACAGUCGAGGAGCCAGUUUGGCCCGGUACAUCCAUUCGUUACAGCGCUCCAAGACCUCGGGCGGUCCUCUCCGGUUUCUGGGUGAACCCUGCCUGACGUCUGGCUACAUUUCGGAUGAGAGUGACGACUCCAGCUUCAGCUUCGUCUCACUGGAUGAAGGCCUCUUCCUCGACGAAAUGGAGAGUGAUGGAAGCGACUCACUGACAGGGACGCCUCGAAAUAAUUCGACAGAGGAGCUGAGGGGAGGCUCCUUCAAAAGGAAGCAGGGACGUCGCAGACAUGCCAGUGCAGAGAGUGGUGCGACGGAGCGUGAGCACGCUGAGGCAGCACACCGCAGAUGUAGAAGAAGCCAAAAAACUUUGUGGUCUCCGGAGUGCUCGUCGGCGCCGCCCAAAGAGAAGGAGAGGAUCCGCCUCCUGGACCUGUCGGGAAACGAGCUGGACUCCCUGUCCUGCCUGAUGGACCAUGGCUCGGUUCAGCAGCAGCUGGCUCACCUCCAAAGGCUGGACCUGAGUCACAACAUCCUGCUGGAGUUCCCCGCUGCUCUUUGUCAGAGUUUGAUCAGCCUGACCCGACUGGACCUGCAGGGGAACCAGCUGCAGUCGGUGCCGGCGGAGCUUUUGGCCCUGCCCGCACUCGCCGCUCUCAACGUCUCGCGAAACUGCAUCGGCCCGCAUCUGGCCUUGGGGCCCGCCGUCACGUGUCCCUCGCUGCAGCGCCUCAACCUGUCCUUUAACAAGUUGACCAGCUUCCCCUGCGAGCUGGGCGGGGCCACGGAGAACCUGGAGGAUCUGCUCAUGGAAGGAAACAACAUCGUCGAGCUCUGCGCUCCUCCGCGUCUCCUCCACAUCAAACUGCUCGACGUGAGCAAGAACGCCGUGGCCAUCGUUUCUCCGGACUUCCUGACCGGCUGCCCCAAGCUGGAAGUCCUCAAUGCCUCCUCCAACAAAAUCUGUUCUCUGUCACGGCUUCCAUCGAAGAUCACCACCCUGAAACUGGCCAACAACCGUUUCCCUCGUGUUCCGGAGUCCCUACUGGAGCUGCCAAAUCUGAGAUCCGUGGACAUGAGGACCAACGGCAUCGCCGUCCUGCCCGGCCCCGGCUUGUGGGCGUCCAGCAACCUGAGAGAGCUGAUGUUCAGUCAGAACCACAUCGGCGUUCUGGACCUGAACGGACCCGUGCACAGAUGGGCCCGUCUGGAGAAGCUCCACCUGAGCAACAACGAGCUCGUGGAGCUCCCUCCACAGGUGGGUCUGUUAGAGGGUCUCACUUCCUUGGACGUGAGCCGCAACGCCGGCCUGCGCUCCUUCCCGGACGAGAUGGGCCGGCUGGGCCGACUGUGGGACCUCCCUCUGGACGGGCUCCGGCUGCAGCUGGACCUCAAACUGAUUGGGACCAAGACCAAAGACAUCGUCAGGUUCCUGCAGCAGCGCCUGAAGAAGGCGGUGCCGUACUACCGCAUGAAGCUCAUGGUGGUGGGGCACGCCGGCAGCGGGAAGACCAGUCUGGUCCAGCAGCUCAUGAAGAUCAAGCGCACGCGGGCCGGCUCCGGACGAGCCGGGGCGGGCGUGGACGUCCGCGACUGGACCAUCAGGGAGCGCGACAAGAAGAAGAUGGUGCUGAGCGUGUGGGACUUCUCAGGCGGCGAGGAGCUGAGUGGCUCGCAGGCUCACUUCCUGUCGUCCAGAGCGCUCUACCUGGUGGUGCACGACCUGAGCAAAGGAGCCGAGCAGGUGGACGCGCUUAAACCGUGGCUCUUCAACAUCAAGGCCGCUGCCCCGCUCUCCCCGGUCAUCUUGGUGGGAACUCACUUGGACCUGGUCCAGGAUUCGUCCUUCCAGGCUUGUCUCGGCAAGAUCCGAAAGGAGCUGCUGUCCCAGCAGGGCUUCCCCACCAUCCAGGACUACCACACGGUCUCGGCCUGCGAGGACUCGGACGCCAUGGGAAGGCUGCGCAAGGCCAUCGCCAAGGAGGUCGCCGGCUUUAAGAUCCAGGGUCAGCCUGUGAUGGGCCAGCUGGUGCCAGACAGCUACGUUGAGCUGGAGCGGAGGCUUCUCCAGGAGAGGACCCGAGUUUCUCCCGAGUUCCCCGUCCUCAGGCAGCAGGAGCUGCUGAUGCUGAUCCAGGAGAGUCAGCUGCCGCUGGAGGAGGCGGAGCUCCCCCACGCCAUCCGCUUCCUCAGCGAAGCCGGGGUGUUGUUGCACUUUGACGAUCCCACCCUGCAGCUCCAGCAGCUCUACUUCAUCCACCCACAGUGGCUGUGCAACGUCCUCUCGCAGAAAGUUACCCAGAAUGCCCCUGGCUCCCGGGAGCAACCUCAAGGCGUCGCCGAGCGCUCUGCGCUGGAAAGAGUUCUGUCGGAGACCCGACGUUUUCCCGCCAGUCACAUGACACAAUACUUCAAGCUGCUGGAGAAGUUUCAAAUCGCUCUGCCGUGUGGCGACCACCAGCUACUCCUUCCCAGCAGUUUGCCGAAGCACAAACCACACAUUGUUCUGCCGCACUGCGAGAAGUCGGAGGUGAUCGUGCGUCUUUACGAGAUGCCUUAUUUCCCCGUGGAUUACUGGCCACGCCAAAUCUGCCGCUUGCUGGCAGUCUCCGCCUACAUGCUCCAUGGAAGAGAAAAGCCUUCACAGCCUGAAAGGUUGUGCUGGAGUCAAGGUGUGUACCUGAGCUGGUCACCUGAGGCGUACUGCCUGGUGGAGUCUUGGGCCCAGCAGAAGGACUCCUCCAGCGUGGUCAGGAUCACUGUGCCCUCCUCACGCAAAGGACAGGUCCUGCUGGGUCAGGUGGUGGACCAGGUGGACUCCCUGCUGGAGGAGUGGUUCCCGGGCCUGCUGAGCACCGACGUGCACGGCAGCGGAGAAGCUCUCCUGAAGAAAUGGGCUCUCUACAGCUUUGAGGACGACCAGGAGUGGAGCAAGAUGCUGCUGGAGGACCUUCUCACCUGCACCGACCAAGAUCUCCUGCUGGUCAACCCGGAGGACCCUCGCUGCACCAUUCCCGUCUCUCAGGUCGCUCCGGACCUGGUGCUCAGCGACCAGCCUCCUGGAAGCAUCCUGGACCCAGACGAGCUGCAGGUGGACCUCUCCAAAACAAACCUCCUGGGCGAUGGCGGCUUCGGGACGGUGUACCGAGGCACCUACAAGAACGAGGACGUGGCUGUCAAGUUAUUCAACAAGCACGCGUCUGAACUUCACAUCUACCGGCUCCUCAGACAGGAGCUGGCGGUUCUGGGUCGCCUGCGCCACCCCAGCCUGGUGGGCCUGCUGGCGGCCGGCGCGGCGCCGCACGUCCUGGUGAUGGAGCUGGCCAUGCGCGGCUCCCUGGACUCGCUCUUCCAGCAGAGGCAGGGCAGCCUGAACAGGAAGCUGCGGCACAGGAUCGCCCUGCACGUGGCCGACGGCCUCAGGUACCUUCAUUCGGCCAUGAUCAUCUACCGCGACCUGAAGCCUCACAACGUUCUCCUCUUCAACCUGAAGGCCGACUCCGAGGUCGUCGCCAAGAUCACCGACUACGGUAUCGCUCAGUACUGCUGCGGCAUGGGGGUCCGCAGUUCUGAGGGCACGCCAGGUUUCCGGGCACCGGAGGUGGCCAGAGGUAACGUGACCUACAACCAGCAAGCCGACGUCUUCUCCUUCGGACUUCUUCUCUACGACCUGUUGACCGGCGGGGAGCGCAUCUCAGACGGCAUGAAGUUCCCCAGCGAGUUCGACGAGGUGGCCGUGCAGGGAAAACUACCAGAUCCAGUGAAACACUACGGAUCUUCUCCUUGGCCCAGCUUCCAGGCUCUGAUGAAGGACUGCUUGAGACCGAACCCUCAGGACCGGCCGACGUCCGCCCAGGUGUUUGACAGGCUGACUGCAGGUGACAUGUUGUGUCUGAUGAUGGAGACGCUGCUUCCCACUGCCGUCAGCGCUGAUUGCUUCACCGUGACUACUCUCGGCCAUCACGCCAUGACCGCCUGGCUGGGAGGGGGCAGCAGCACCCAGAGGACGGGCUGUGUCACCACUGUGGACCUGGACUCUAACACGGUCACCACGCAGGACGUGGACAACAGUCCCGUCCUGUGUCUCGUCACCGUCAGAAUCCCCGGCGAGGCGUGUGAUUGGCUGCUGGCCGGCACGCAGUCGGGCUCGCUGGUGGCGAUGAACGCCGAAGACGCGACGUCUUGGCACCGCCUGCAGAGUGUCAGUGACGCCGUCACCUCGCUCUACUUCCACGUGCACCCCCCACGCCUACAAAGACAGAACUAUCUUCUGGUCGGGACCGCAGACGGCGUGCUCUCAGUUUUUGACCAGUCUGCACUCAAGGACCAAGGACAGCCGGUCAAAGUGUUGACAUUGGGCAGCGUCAACACGCCCGUCAUGUGCCUGGGACAGUCCACCUACUCCCUGGACAGCAGGUGCAUUUGGGCCGCCUGCGGGACCAAAAUCAUGUCCUUCACGGCCGACUAUGACGUCGGCAAGACCCUGGACACCAGACCCGACUCCAUCUUACGGCAUCAGAGCAAGGCAGGUGUGUCCCGCAUGGUGGUGGACAAAUACGUCUACCUCAGCAAGGCUGGAAUGUCCACCGUGGAGGUCUGGGACAAGAGGACUGAGAGGAUGGUGGACUGCAUUGACUGCGCCCAAAUGAUUAGACAUGAGUCCAGCACUGGAGGGAGGAGGCGUGGCAGCGAGGGGGACGUCCCCCGUGAGGGUUGUCCUCCCUGGGCCAGGGUGAAGUCCUUGCUGGUGCAGGGCACCGCAGCGCUGUGGGUGGGCACGAGAGGGGGACACCUGCUGAUCCUGGAUCUGUCCAAGCACGAGACGCUGCAGGUCAUCACGCCGCGCUGUGACUCCAUCCGCUGCAUGGCCUCCGCCCUCAUAGAAACCCUGGACUGGAAGGACGUGGUCCUGGUUCUGGGCAGAAGAGUCCCGCAGGACAGGAGUGAGAGUGACGUCCAGUCGGUGCUGAUGGUGUGGAGCAGCACGCUGUCCUCCCAAGUGAAAGAUCUGAAGAAACACUGCGAGAAAAGACAACACAUCUCUGCAAGAAUGACACAACAACUACACAACCACUGAGCACAGAAAGUUUUUGAAAAAAAGGAUCGACUUGUUUUUUCCCGGACGAGAGUGCGGAAGUGGAACGUUUACCUCAGCUGACGACGAAGACUCGUUUACUCUGUCAGUGUUUACUUUUUCUUCCUGACAAAAGUACUUUAGUGAGGUACUAAUCUGCGGCAGGAAGACAACGUUUGACUCGAGUCUUUUCCGUUAGUUCAAAGGGACAAAAAAACCACGCACGUUAGCUUAGCUUUUAGCCGUAGAAAAAAAAAGCGAAAUAAUUUAUUUUUUUUGAGUUUUUCUUCACAUUUUUUUCAAACUGACCCAACAACAAAACACUAAAGUAAAAAUAUGGUCCAAAAAAUAUUUUAAAAUCGGCACUUUUUUGUAUUUUAUUUUGACCUUGAGUCAUGUGACUUGGGCUCAAUAAACACUACAGAGUUUUAUUUA